GCCAUGUUGUCUCCUCGUCAUGACAUGCCCUCGUCGGGCGGCGACAUGGAACCGCAUUGGGGCUAUUUCGACCGUGAACUGCCCUGCAUGGUCGAUGCCGGUAAAUGCGCCUACCUGGACGUCGUCUAUCACAGCCAUGACUUGUCCGUCCUGUACACCAUCAUCAUGUGGGCCGUGAUCCUCGGAAUCCUCCUGCUGUGCUUCCUCGCCCACUACUGCAACCCCGUCACGCGCCAAUUCAACAGCUGUGUUAGCAAGAAAGAGGACGUCGAAAACCCCGGACACGCGCAAAGCUCGCUCUAUCGCAUGCGACGAGCGCUCGGAUCGCUCUACCAUCGCUUUCUGAUCGGCGAAUUCCUUCCCUCCGUCUUCGGCAACACCACGCGGUUCAACGUCUUGAUCCUGGUCGUCUUGACUGGCUACCUGACCGUCUUCAGCUUCGUCGGAAACGUGUAUAAGACCUGGUAUAGUCCGGUGGAGGGCAGCCCCGACACGAUCCGCGUCGGCAUGGGUCCAUGGGCCGAUCGUAUUGGAGUGCUGGCCUACGCCUUGACGCCGCUGUCGAUCCUCCUGUGCACUCGGGAAUCCAUUCUGUCGCUCGUCACUGGCAUCCCGUACCAUCACUUCAACUUCCUGCACCGCUGGCUCGGCUAUAUCAUCUACAUCCAGGCGACGCUGCACACAAUCAGCUGGACCAUCGUCGAGGGAAAGCUGUACCAGCCACAACCCUCCACGUGGAACGACUUCAUCAAGCAGGAAUACAUCAUCUGGGGAGUCGUGGCCAUGAUUCUCUUGACUUUCCUGGUCGUCUUCAGCACGCAAUGGGCCAUCCGGCUAACUGGAUACGAGUUCUUCCGCAAAUCCCACUACAUCAUUGCCAUGAUCUACAUCGGCGCCUGCUGGGGCCACUGGGAUAAGCUGGCAUGCUGGAUGAUCGCCUCGCUGGUGGUCUGGCUGCUCGACCGCUCCAUCCGACUCCUGCGCACUUUCAUCCUGCACUUCGGCGCUUUUUCCAACCCCGACGUCUGCUACAAAGGACUCCUCAUCCCUAAAGCCCACAUCUCGCACUUCCCCAACAUGGAAGACGGCGACGUCGUGCGUCUGGACUUCCAGCACGACCACGCCCCCUGGGACAUUGGCCAGCACUUCUACCUCUGCUUCCCCGACCUCAGCAUCUGGCAAUCCCACCCCAUGACGCCCAGCUCGGUGCCCGGCACGCGCACUCAAUCCCACACCUACAUCAUCCGCGCCAAAGGCGGCAUCACCCGCCAACUCGCCAACAUCGCCAGCCACCCCGACCCGUCUAAGAACGCUAGCACGCCCAUCAUCGUCAACGGGCCCUACGGCCAAUCCAUCGUCGACAACGACCUCGCCUGCACCGACGACAUCAACCUCUUCUUCGUCGCCGGCGGCACAGGCAUCACCUUCAUCCUGCCCCUCCUGCAAGCCAUCGUCCUCAACCCGCUCUUCAAGACCCGCCGCAGCCAAAUCGAAGUGAUCUGGAUCAUCCGCCGCCGCGCCGACAUGCACUGGGUGAUGAACGAGCUGGACGCCCUCCGCAACGCAACCUACAGCUGCUCGCACCUACGCAUCCGGAUCUUCGUGUCGCGCGAAAACGAACGCGACAAGUCCGCGUCUGCGUCCGCGUCCACGACAGAGCUGGAAAAGCACCCGUCCGAGCGCAUGGCACCCCUCAACACGGACGGGUUCAUUGUGCGCUCGAUCGGCGCAGGCGCCGGAGCGUCCAAACACCCAGAUCUCGCGGCUGAAGUGGGCGAGUUUGUGUCGCGGACGGUGCGCGGCCCCACGAGGGUGGUUGCCAGCGGGCCGGUGGGCAUGAUUCGGGAUUUGAAGAGGGGGGUGGCGAACUGCUGUGAUCCCGGGAAGGUGUUGAAGGGGGAGGAGAGGUUCGAUGUGGAGUUUGUGUUUGAUGAUCGGUUGGAGUAUUAGACUUUCUGUGUCUAUCUUUCUCUCUACAUUUGGUGGUUUUCGUUUGUAUAUAUUUGUGGGAGGGUGCUGGGAGUGCAGGGUCUGGGGAUACUGCGUGUAUCUGUGCUGGACAUGGGUGCAAUGCAGUUGUUG